AUGAUAACUUCAAGAAGCAUUCUCAAUGUUUUUUUGUUCUCUGUUAUUGCCCUACCAUCUGCCAAAGACUUCUUUCAUUAUAGAUGCCAGAAUUUCUUCGUCAGGUCCCAAGAGUUGAAAAAUAAUAGAUAUGAUGGUAUUUCGUUUGGAAUAGAUUUGGAGGCUGAUAACCAAAUGAUGGAAAAUAUAUUAUCAAACAUUGAACAGGAUAAAAGUUUAAACGAUGAUUUGGAAAGUCCAAAUAGAGAAGGCUUGGUUUCUGGCUUCUCACGAAUUGAAGAUUACCAUCCAAAUGAAAAAAUACAAUAUGAAGCAGAUGAAGACUCAUUUGUUAAGUUUGAUACCAGGAUGAUGAGGCAUUUUAGUAUUGAAGAUAUUACUUUCAACAAUACAAUCCGAAAUUAUGAUAAUGAAAAGUCCAAAUAUCAUCGUGUUAUUAAAAGUGGAAUCAAAUUUGCUGAAUACUCUCUUGAACUUUCUAGAAGACAAAGAAAGAGAACAUUCAUCUCAACAGGAGCUAGAAAGCAUAAGAUAUUGCAUCUUAAUCAAGAAAGAAGCAUUGCUUCUGCUAGCAUCAUUGCUAGUGUAACUAUUCUUAAGUCAUUGUUAUACAGGGAACUCCCAACAAACACAAGAUGGGUAUAUUAUUCAUUUUAUCCACUCAUUUUAUCGUCAUAUCUGCAGGCUUAUAAAGACUUUAAGACAGAAAGCAAACCAAAAGGAUUCUUUUCAAAGUCAAUGCAUAAAAAGAAAAACCUGGCACUUUUCAGACUUAAUAAAAGCUUAAUAAGGAUAUCUCGUCAUAUAAAUAGUUUGGAAAGUGACGGUAGUUAUAAUUAUUCUGUAAAACCCAGACAUUUUUGGAGACUAGUAGAGCCCACCAUAGUUUCUCCAGCACAUGGACUAAUUACUACUGAUCUGAUCAAAAAACCAAAAAGUCUAAGUGGUGAGUAUCUUAAAGAAGUUAUGAGCAUUCUUAAAUCUAACAAGUACAAAUUGGCAAUCGCACAAAACAAGGCCAGAGAAGAUUUUUAUUACUAUAUCAACCACGACUUGGAAAUGGUCAAAGAUUAA